GGGAGCGAGCUCGCUCGUAGAAUCACAGCUCCCGACACUGGAGCUGCGACAAGAUCUUUGCUUUGAUUAAAUUGACUCUAAUUCAAUUAGUUACUGUUACGGGCCGAAAAGAGUGAAAACAAGAUAAUAAAAGAUGGCAGGCGCAAUUAUAGAAAAUAUGAGCACCAAGAAGCUGUGCAUUGUUGGAGGGAUUUUGCUGGUUUUCCAAGUAAUUUCCUUUCUGGUAGGAGGUUUGAUCGCUCCACGUCCUACUACAGGAAUUAAAUACCUUGCAACGAAAUGUGUGGACGUCAGGAAACAUCAUCAGAAGUCCAGAUGGUUCAUGCCUUGGGGUCCCAACCAAUGUGAAAAGAAAAUCCAGGAGUUCUCUGAAGCUAUGAAACAACAGAUUGAAGCCAAUGAUAUUGUGUUUGCCGCGCAUAUCCCACAUCAAAACUGGGAGAUGAGCUCUUGGUUUCAGUUCCUGUUGGUGGUUUUGCAGUUUGAGAUUGAAUUUCAAAUAGACAACGAAAUAGCUGACGACGCUGUGGUUACGUUGAAUGUUUCGCUAGGCUAUCGUGAUGACCGUAUUAGUGAGUGGACUGAGAUGGCCCAUUCGAUUGAGAAGCGGAAACUAGAUUGCAACUUCUCAUCUCCAAAAAAUCCUGACAAUCAGGGGCAGCUGUAUGACUGUAACCUGCUACCCUUCAUGGAAUUGGGGAGCGUUGCGCACAAGUAUUACCUGAUUAACAUACGACUUCCCGUUAAUGAGAAGAAGAACAUUAACAUGAAAAUCGGAAAACUGAAGAAUGUUCGGCUGGUGGCAAUCCAUCAGAAUGGGGGAUUCACAAGGGUCUGGUUUGCAAUGAAAACCUUCCUGACUCCCAGUAUUCUCAUCAUUAUGGUCUGGUAUUGGAGACGAAUUACAAUGAUGACUCGCCCACCUGUCCUCCUGGAGAAAGUAAUUUUUGCACUUGGAAUCUCAAUGACCUUUAUAAAUAUCCCAGUGGAAUGGUUUUCCAUCGGAUUCGACUGGACUUGGAUGCUGCUCUUCGGAGACAUUCGACAGGGCAUUUUCUACGCCAUGUUGCUGUCAUUUUGGAUUAUCUUCUGUGGGGAGCAUCUCAUGGACCAGAAUGAAAGGAAUCGACUGUCUGUCUACCUGAAGCAGAUUGUGCCGAUUGGUUUUGGUUCCUUCUGUCUCUUCAUUUUUGAUCUAUGCGAGAGGGGCGUGCAGCUGACAAACCCUUUCUACAGUAUUUGGGCCACUGAUGUCGGCACAGAACUGGCUAUGGCCUUUAUCAUAGUUGCAGGCAUCUGCGCAUGUCUGUAUUUCUUUUUUCUCUGCUUCAUGGUAUUCCAGGUCUUCCGAAAUAUAAGCGGCAAAAGAUGUUCACUCCCAGCCAUGUCCAAAGCAAGGAGACUGCACUACGAGGGGUUAAUAUUUCGGUUCAAGUUCCUGAUGCUCGUCACGCUGACCUGUGCAGCCAUGACCAUUGUAUUCUUCAUUAUAAGUCAGGUGAACGAUGGACACUGGAAGUGGGGAGAAUACACCAUCCAGGUGAACAGUGCUUUCUUCACUGGCAUUUAUGGCAUGUGGAACCUGUAUGUCUUUGCCAUCAUGUUUCUGUAUGCUCCUUCCCAUAAGUGUUACAGUGAUGCUGAUCAAUCAAAUGGUGAUCUGGGAGUGAAUGGCGGUGAGGAACUGCAGCUGACUACCACAAUCACCCAUGCUGAUGGACCAACUGAAAUUUACAGAUUGGCUGGCAAGGAGGCACAGGAGUAAUAGUGGGACUGGGAUUGGGAGAAGUCAAACCAGCAACAAAGUCCAACCAUGCAAUUCCCCACUGGAAAAGGGGAGGUAUAAGUCUGCUGUGUCAUGUGUGAACUGAAGUCAUGUUUUAGGGAUUUAGCCUGUUUCAAUUCCUGUUGCUGGUUAGAGAGAACUCCUGCAUCCAGUAAUCUUGCUCCAAUUUGUAUAAUCUGUGGAAGAUUCCGGAACUGUGCCUUUUCUACAAUGGGACAAUAUUCCUUUUUUUCUGAAAGCAGUCAUGUGCACACUUACUUGUCAAAACAAAGUACUAUCAUUGUAGUUUCUGUCUUUCAGAGCAUUACCUUCUGUGACUUUAAUGUAUUGUUGUGUUACGACUGUGUGUGGGCAGAAACUUUAGUUGCUCAAGGGAUUGUCAGAUUGUGUGAGGGAUUAAGAAAGAACUGAAAUUAUAUAGCAUCUUAAAUCCUCGGGAUGCCCCAAAGUGCUUUGCAUCUAAUGACCUACUUUGAUGUAACAUAUUUAGUUCUAGAUUUUACAAUAAAAACAUACUUGUAGAUUCUGCUCCUGAUAGAGAUCAACAUUACUGUCAUAUAGUACUCCAUUUAAAUAUAGAUUGUUUAAAAAUUGUUCGAAGUAUUAGCCAUGUACUCAAGCAUUUAUUUUAGAUCAUUCUAAAAGCAUGAGUGCUCAAAGUGGAAGAGAAAUGUGAAGAAAACCUGAAUAGCUUGCUUAAUUUGAGACCCUUCCAUUGCGUAGAAAGGUUACUUUGUGUACAAGCAGACUGAAGUUACUGGUGUAACCUUAAACCAGUUGUACACAUAAUGUAUUUGGGUAAUCCACAUAAGGUAUCAACUUUGCCUGGAAGAUCUCAGUAGACUUGAUGAUUUUAUAUAUCAUGUGGGCUUCCAUUCACAGCUGGUUUGAUCUUCAGUGCACACCUUGUGGAUUGAAAUUAAGGAAAAUUAUUGUAACGCUGAUUAAGCAGACAUAAUUUUUCACUGAAGACCAGUGAGUGGGGAGGGGGUACGAAGUAAGAAACAGUAAGGCUUUCCUCUAGUCUCUAGAGGAACUGUUGAAAUGAUCAUUACCUAUAUCUGGUACUAUUCUUUACUUACGUGACACUGCUGCAAUAUAUUAACCCAGUUUGUGAGCAACACCCAAUAACUAUCCUGAAUGCAGUUCUUGGGCACAAUUUUCCAUGCAAAGGUCACUACAUAAUCGUCAGAUUCAGUAAUUGUGACAACUUAAUAUUCCUUAAUAUUCCCUUCCCUUCUUCUGUUGGGCAGCCAUGUGCACCGUUUUGUUAUUGUGUGAGAUGAGUGUAUUAGUAAAAACUGCGGUCAUCCUGGCUUGUGUGGUUCAGUGCCUCACCAUCCUGAGAGUCACUUAAAAGUCAUGUUUGAUACUUAAAAGUGUAUCUCACCUAGUUUAAAAUCUGGCAUCAGUUUUGAGGUGUUAAGUAGGACUUCUGACUUUGGCAUGCGUUAGUAAAGGCAUUCAAAACACAAAUCUUGAGAGUUAUUGCAGGCAUACAUUACAAUAAUAGAUUGCACAACAUGUUUCGGAAGAAAAUAAUUCUUAUAAUGGCCCAUUUUAUUUUGAAAUAAAAGGGAUGUUGCAUGUCCUUUGACACAGACACUAAGGUGAAAACCAUAAUCUUUCAAUGGUGUAUAUAAUUUAUGAUAUAACUGUGUAGAAUUAAUCCAUUUUAGGUGUUGAAAGGUUUUAUUUUAACUAUGACGUAAUAGAUUGCUUGUAUGCUAAUUUUAAAUAAAGUUUGUAUAGUGUGUGUAUAGCCUGGGUCACUGAGAUUGCCUUGGACAAGCUGUCUGUGCUGGUGCAGUGAUACAUCAACUGAUAUGCUUUUCUUGCCCAUUUGCUACAAAUGGCGUUCCUGCAAGGUUGAAUGUGAAGGAUAAAUUUUCAAGUAGAAGCCAACCUAUUUCCUUUAGAGAACAGGUAAUGCAGGUUUUACACCUACGAAGCAAGUUGGAAAGCUGACCCAUAAGCAGUAUUUGGAAACCCUCUGAAGAUUUUGUUUCAGUCUGGUCACUGGAUUACUAAUCCUUGGCAGCUUCAGGCUGCAGUCUCCAGCAGAUGGGUGUGAACCCGACAUCGGCACGUGCAACUGUGCCUGGGGACCUAAUACCUGAGUUGACUCUGCAUAUGUAGCAAGUGCAGUCUGCAGAAAAGUUUUCAGUGUCAUGUGGUCCCAGUAAUUUUUAAGAUGGGUGCAUGAGUGUUGUCCAAAACUAGGAACUCUUCAAUUGUUCAAACUAUAUCAGUACUGGGUACCUAAGAUCCCAAUUUCAGCCACAAUUGUACGCUUCACUUCAAUAUAAAGAUUAGCUUUAUUUGUCACAUGUACAUUGAAACAUACAGUGAAAUGCGUUAUUUGCAUCUGAGGAUGCACUGAAGGCAGUCUGCAAGUAUUGCUAUGCUUCCAUCACCAAAAUAGCAUGCUCACAACUUACUAACCCUAACCCAUACAUCAGUGGUCCCCAACCUCCGGGCCGCAGACCCGCGAAGCAUGCAAGGGUGCAGCGGUGGCCGGGACACACCCAGCACAUCUUUAAGAAAAAGCUGAAAUAAGCUAAUUAAGCAUCCCUGCAUGCUUCGCAGCCUGGAGGUUGGGGACCACUGCUACACCAUAGGAAUGUGGGAGAAAACCAAAGCAAAUCCAGACAGCGGCAGAACUGAAACCAGGAGACUGGCACUAUAAUGGAGUUGUCCUAGCUGCUCUGCUACAGUGCUUCACUGUAGGCUACCUUGCCCCUACCCCCACCAACACCCUCAGUGACAUUCACAACUGGAAAUCACAAAAAUUGGCGUAAGGCAGUGGGCUCACUGACAAACGUGCCCAACCUCUGCCACCCUUGAUCAGAUCUUGAAGGAAGAGGAAUCUGGGAUCAAGCCCAGAAGUACAAGCGGGUAAAGUUCAAAGAAAUGGCUUUGCUUGAACCACUUCUGGGCCUGGAUUCUCUGGUUGUCUGCAUCUGAUACAAACAGCAUCCUCUUACUGACCUCGACUUCAAAUGUCUGUUACUGCCUGACAGAAUCUCAUUGGCAUAGAGAGAGCGGGUGAACUGCCCACUCACCCACCUGGCUUCUGCCAUUUGGUAAGAUUCAGAAUUGCCUCUUGAAUGUUGAUUAGUUGUUGUGGAUCAGCAGUCCUGCUCUGCCUGCUUCAGAUCCCCAGCCUCCCACUUGUGUACCUGGGCACUCAUACAAUUUGACUGAAGUAUCUAUAAAUUGGGGUCUUUGUGCAAACACUUAAUUUAUUUUAUGAUCUUACCAUCCGCUCCAAGAGGAAAAUGAAUGCUGCAUCGUUCAGAGUGCAAAGUGAACCCAAAAGGCAGUUGAGAACUAUAUUUCUUACUCCUUUUUCCUGUCCUAAAGAAAGUGAAUAAGCUGUUGUAUGUUGGUAGCUCCAUUUGGCCCACAAGGUACAUGUGAGAUCUGCUGAUCUGAGUCGCACAUCAGAAUCUGGUUCACUAUCACUCUGAUACAGUAUAUGACAUUGAGUUGGUUGUUUUGCAGCAACACUACAUUGUAAAGACAAAAUUACUGUAACAAAAUAAAUAGUGCGAAAUUAAAAGAUAUA